CCUCUCGCUCCGCGGCAGACACUUCGGCUGUCUGCACACACUCGCCAGCCACCAUGGGCAAUGCGCUGGGCACCAAGAAGACGCUAAAGGAGCAGCUGCGCGAGAAUAAGCGCGAGAUCAACCGCGCCGUGCGGCAGUUGGACCGAGAGCGCACAAAUCUGCAGAUGCAGGAGAAGAAGCUCAUCAUCGAGAUCAAGAAGAUGGCCAAGCAAGGUCAGAUCGCCAGCGUCAAGAUCAUGGCCAAGGACCUGGUUCGCACGCGUCAGCAUAUCACUAAAUUCUACACCAUGCGCUCGCAGCUUCAGGCGGUCUCACUGCGUCUGGAGACGGCCAAGUCGGCCGAAGCCAUGACGUCGGCGCUGCAGGGCACCACCACGGCCAUGAAGGCUAUGGCCUCCACUAUGAACCUACCUAGACUCAACCAGAUCAUGAUGGAGUACACUAAGGAGAGCGAGAAGAUGGAGAUGACGCAGGAGAUGAUAGGCGACACCAUCGAUGACGUCAUGGACGCCGACCAGGACGAGGAAGAGGAGGAUAAAAUCGUCGGACAAGUGCUGGACGAGAUAGGUAUCGACAUGACCGAAGCGGUGCCCGAGGCCCCCACAACGCGUGCUGAACCUGCUGCAGCGAUAGCACAAGCGGCCCCGGCGGUGGCUUUGCCGCCUGCUGCGCCCGUGGCAGCUGGAGGAGGCGACUCGACGGACUCGACCAUCAGUGACCUCGAAGCGCGUCUGAACAACCUGCGACGGUCGUGAGAACCGUGACAGUUAGCUCGCUCAAUAGUCGACAUCUCUGUCUUCAGUCUACGGCAUUGAAUCACUACUUCAGCCUGUUGUAAGAACACGAAAAUGAAAAAAA